ACAAACUCAUCACAUCAAAUAAAAACCACACCUCCACCUCCAAAGAACGCAUUAACGUCACCACCUUCAAUGGCGGAGAAGCAAGUCGACCCAUAAACCUAAACCCGAAAAGCAAAACAAUUUCUGCAGCUUCGACAAUUUUUCCCCAUCGCAUCCAUGGCCGACGUCGUGGUUUCGAACGACAGUUUCAAUCCCAUGAAGAAGAAGAAGAAGAACGCCAAUCUCCUGCUCGGCCGCUUCGAAGUCGGAAAACUACUCGGCCAUGGAACCUUCGCGAAGGUCUACUACGCUCAGAACAUCAAAACCAAUGAAGGCGUCGCCAUCAAGAUCAUCGACAAAGAAAAAAUUCUCAAAGGCGGUUUAGUCGCUCACAUCAAGCGCGAGAUCUCAAUCCUCCGCCGCGUCCGUCACCCAAACAUCGUCCAGCUCUUCGAAGUCAUGGCCACCAAGACGAAGAUUUACUUCGUCAUGGAAUACGUCCGUGGCGGCGAGUUAUUCAAUAAAGUCGCCAGAGGUCGAUUGAAGGAAGAAGUCGCCAGAAAGUAUUUCCAGCAAUUGAUCUCCGCCGUCGAAUUCUGCCACGCCAGAGGCGUCUACCACCGCGAUCUCAAGCCUGAAAACUUGUUACUCGAUGAGAACGGCGAUCUCAAGGUCUCCGACUUCGGCCUCAGCGCCGUCUCUGAUCAAAUUAGACAAGACGGCUUGUUUCACACUUUUUGCGGAACGCCUGCGUAUGUUGCUCCAGAGGUUUUGGCCAGAAAAGGAUAUGAUGGAGCCAAAGUUGAUCUCUGGUCUUGUGGCGUUAUUCUCUUCGUUUUAAUGGCGGGCUAUUUACCAUUCCAUGAUCAGAACGUUAUGGCUAUGUACAAGAAGAUUUACAGAGGCGUUUUCCGGUGUCCCAAGUGGUUCUCACCUGAGCUAGGCCUCUUAUGUACUCGUCUCCUCGAUACAAACCCAGAAACCAGAAUCUCAAUUCCAGAAAUCAUGGAAAACAAGUGGUUCAGGAAAGGGUUCAAACAAAUCAAAUUCUAUUUCGAUGACGAUAAGCUCUGCACCAGUGUUGAAGACAUUGACAAACUGGAUUUAAACAAAGAAGACAUAGAAUCAGUGUCAGACUAUUCCGUAUCAGAAUCCGAUUCAGAGCUGGAAAUUAAAAGAAGAAACAACGUAUCGCUUCCAAGACCAGCGAGCUUGAAUGCAUUUGAUAUAAUAUCAUUUUCUGCAGGCUUCGAUCUCUCUGGGUUGUUCGAGGAGAAAGGCGACGAGGAGAGGUUCGUGUCAGGCGCGCCGGUGUCGGAGAUUAUAUCGAAGUUGGAGGAAAUUGCGCAGUUGGUGAGCUUCACGGUGAGGAAGAAAGAUUGCAGGGUGAGCUUGGAGGGAUCGAGGGAAGGUGUGAAGGGGCCAUUGACGAUCGCGGCGGAGAUAUUCGAACUGACUCCGUCGUUGGUGGUGGUGGAGGUGAAGAAGAAAGCAGGGGACAAAGCAGAGUAUGAACAGUUUUUUAACUCUGAAUUGAAACCUGGGUUGCAGAAGUUGAUGAUAAAUCAUGAAUCAGCAACUUCUUCUUCUUCUUCUUCUUCUUCUUCUUCGAGAAAUUCUUCUGAUGAUACUCCUCAGCCAUUGAAAAUACAAUCUGAUUUUGAUUCUUAGAAUUUAUCCACACUACUUACCUCUCAGAUACUGAUUACACUAAUUUUUUUUUCCUGUUUUAGAUUGUUCAAGGUAAUUUUGUUUAUUAUCUUUUCUGGACUUAGGUUUUAUCCUUAGCUGGAGUGGUAGAUUCUGUUUUUCCUUUUAAUGUACUUAGUGCUGCAAAAAGGCUAAUUUGAAUAAUAGACCGUCAAUAUAUUAUCAAUAUAAACUGUACAGCUAGCCAAGUGACCUUAUUUUUCAGACCCAGAAUAAUUG